AGCCAAUUUCGAGCCGACUGAACAUAUGUUUUGUGCUUAACCAAAAUCUCUGCAAAAGCUGCUCUUCACUCUCCCUACUCCGACACAUUAUUUCACUCUUAUCUAUCCUUCUCUCUUCACACAAUAAAAUCUCAACAAUUAAUUCCGAAAUCGUAAACCACAAUUUCACAGCUUCCGCCUUUCGAAAAAUACUAAGACAUGGCGACAGACACAAGCGAAAAGAAGACCACAAAGUCGGGGCAGGCCGGCGCGGCGCCGGAGCACCUCCCAUGCCCUCGCUGCGACUCCACCAACACCAAGUUCUGCUACUACAACAACUACAACUUCUCCCAGCCGCGCCACUUCUGCAAGUCCUGCCGCCGCUACUGGACCCACGGCGGCACUCUCCGCGACAUCCCCGUCGGCGGCAGCACCCGCAAGAACGCCAAGCGCUCUCGCACCUCCCACAUUCCCGUUUUCUCAUCCGCUUACCACCGCGACUUCCGCCACCUGCCCUCCGCCGCGGCCUCCCAGCUCCAGCUGGUGCCCAGCCACGGCGGCGCUGUCCCGUUCACUACGCUGUUGAGCGCUUCUCCGGUGCUGGCGCUGGGUGGGAUUGAUGAGAUGGGAUUUGGCCUGACGAGGGCGAAUUGGCCGUUUGCUGCUGCGGUUGUGGACGGCGGCAACGGUGGUGGCCACCCAAGCGUGGCAGGGCAUACGUGGCAGCUGGAGAGUGGAGGAGAGAGUGGAUUUGUUGAGGCCGACUGUUUUGGAUUUCCAGAUCUUGCUAUUUCCACUCCUGGAAGUUUUUUUAAAUAAAAGUAGUAGUUUUUCUUUUCUUUUUUUUUAUCAAGAUUAGCAGUAAUUUGUAGGAGUAUAAUCUAUGUUUCCGUGGCUUCAAAUUUUAUUUACAAUGUGACUAUUACGAGAAUGCGCUCCUACCUUUUCUCGCUCUCCUUUACUAA